AUGAACUCCAUCGACCCUUCAGUCCACCACACCUCCUCUCCAACCGCAAGCUCUCUCCAACCCCAGCCCAAGAGCACCCAGGAGCCGCCGGAGAUGGCUGUCUACUGCGAUAACUUCAGCAUGUACCACCAGGCUGGACUCCAGAGUGCACAGAGACCGUCUGGAUACGGCCUGGGAGAUUACGCGUCAUCCCUGUGGCUGAACGGGCCCCCGGUCAACUCCUCCACCCCUUACCUGCACGGAAACAACACCGCAUCCUUUAUGCCUCCUUCCUAUGGUACCCAGCGGCAGUUCCUUACCAACUCUCCCGGGUUCGGGGGUCCGGACCUGGGUUGGCUGUCCAUCGCCAGUCAGGAAGAGUUGCUGAAGAUGGUCCGUCCUCCUUACUCUUACUCUGCGCUCAUCGCCAUGGCGAUCCAGAACGCGCAGGAGAAGAAGUUGACCCUGAGUCAGAUCUACCAGUACGUCGCUGAUAACUUCCCGUUCUACAAGAAGAGCAAGGCGGGGUGGCAGAACUCUAUCCGACACAACCUGUCACUCAACGACUGUUUUAAAAAGGUCCCCCGCGAUGAGGAUGACCCAGGUAUGAUCCUAUCCUAUCCUGUUCUAUUAUUGUAACAUCUAGGCCCAUUUUGUAGAUAUUAUUUUAUAUUCGAAUUACUCAGGUAGGCUAUGUGAUUCAGCGGUUAGAAAUGCUAUAAAAAGACGUGUGAAAGUUUGGGCCUAAAACCGAUUGAACGAGUUGAUGUAGGCCUGUUGCAGACUAACCUAACCUAGCGCGAGUUCCCACAUCGGGGUUUCAACGGAAAAAUAAACUAGGUUAAAUUAACUCAUUCCCUUAACAACAAGGCGAUCAUGUCAGUUAAAAUCAUUUGGAUAAUAUAGAGGUUUAUUCAUACCAUAUUCUGGUAAUUGUUAAUUUUAUCCUUUAAUUCGUUUCCUUUAUUUUGAAGACUGGAAUGCUUAUCAUAGUGUAUAUUUAGUGCAUAUUAAAUCUAGGAAUUGUUAUCAGCAGUGUCCCAUAGACUUGAGAUGAGUCUAAUAUAAUGUAUCUAAUAUAUAGAGUGGCCUUUGCUUCUUUAGCAUGGGAAAUAAAAAUAACUAUGUGGUCAUUCUAUAGAUUAGAAUAUAUAUUAUUCUAGAGAUUAGAUUAGAACUAUGUGAUCAUUCUAUAGAUUAGAAUAUAUAUUAUUCUAGAGAUUAGAUUAGAACUAUGUGAUCAUUCUAUAGAUUAGAAUAUAUAUUAUUCUAGAGAUUAGAUUAGAACUAUGAAGUAAUUCUAUAGAUUAGAACAUGUAUAUAUUAUUCUAUAGAUUAGAUUAGAACUAUGUGGUCAAGAUUAGAUUGCCCCAACAGUUUGUUAUAAUACACUGUAAAACAAAUGCUGUUGUUUUUAUGUCAAUUUACUGGCAGCUAGUUACCUGUAAAUUACUGUAAAUAAAGGUAGAGUAUGUAACCGUAAAUUCCAAAGAAACUUUGGUUUAACAGUACAUUACUGUAAAGUUUAGUGUAGGAAACUUUAUGGAUUACAACAUAACGGCUUAGCUUGUUAUUAGAGGCUUCUUGUCCAUACUAAAUGAGCCUUCAGUUUCCUACCAUGGCAGUUUAAUAUCCUAAUCCUGGAGGUGCAGAGCGGAGCACCCAUAUUCUGGGGAAUGACACUAUCCUAACCCCACACUCACUAAAAUGAAUAGCUACCUAGACAUUGGCUUCCUCAUCAGUGCAUCAUUCCCAACCCAAAGCCAGAGUAUUUGGUGUUUGACAUCACUGUUUGUGAUAAUGUGAAGCAUACUAAACUACUACAACAUUAUGUGGAUGUGUACGUAUAAAGAGGCCCGCACAUGGAAUGUUGCUGCUCCUAGUGCUUUAUUCCUGCUAUAUAUUUUACUGUGCAGGCCUCAUUUCUUUUAUCCUGUAAUAUUGUUUAGCCCAGCAUCAGUUUUCUCAAGUUUAGAAUGAACAUAUCACCCUCCAGUUCUUAAUUGGAUAUGUACAUUAUACUAAUGGGUAUUAAUAAUGGCUUAUUAAUAUCUAAAUACUAUAUAAUAAUGCUAAAGUUUCUAUGAUUUAUGUUUCAGGUAAAGGGAACUACUGGACGUUGGAUCCUAACUGUGAGAAGAUGUUUGACAACGGGAACUUCAGGAGGAAGAGGAAGCGGCGCUCUGACUCCACUAACGGCACCAAGACAGAGGACGGCCGAACCGCCCCGCCCAUCAAGACCAUGGACAGCCCCCAGCUCAUUGGCCCCUCCUCCUCAGACAUGGAGGUGGUCAGUGAGGGCCAUAAGAGCUCCUCCUCCCCGGGCCUGGCGUCCAGCGGCGCUCCGUGUUUUAAUAACUUCUUCAGCAGUAUGUCUGGGCUGGGCUCCGGGCCCCUAGGAGCCUCCAGUCCCCUCUCCUCUGGUCCCCCCAGCAGACAGACUAGCUCUCUGGGACUGGUCAACGAGCUGACCAAUAGGAACAUUACAGCCCUCCAUAGCAGUCCAUACCACACCACCAACCCGGGCCCAGGCCAGGACAGUCACAGCCCGGGGGUCUCAGAGCCGGGCCUCGGGGGCCACGGUCACCCAGCAGACAGCCUGUCUCCCUUUAACAGAGGACUGUACUACAACACAUUCAGUGGAGGGGGACAGGCAGGACAGUUCAACAGCCACUUCUACAACAGCUUUAGUGUCAACAAUCUCUUAUACCCCCGAGAGGGCACGGACGUGUAA